CCAGGAACCAAAUAAGGAAAUGACGUCCUUCGUGUGCAACGAUGGUCUCAAAUAGAAAAGUGGAGCAUAGACGCCGGUACUGGUUUUUGAGCCGUAGAGGAGGGUGUGGGUGCUGGCGCUGGCGCUGACACAACACUACACGAGAAUGGGUGACGUGGCACAAGAUGAGGUGAGGUUCUACUCCAAUGCUGAGGACUACUGGAAGGAGGUUCCCCCCACCGUGGAUGGCAUGCUGGGAGGCUACGGCAGCAUUUCCAGCAUUGAUAUCAAUGGAUCCAAGGCUUUCCUACGCAAGUUCCUCGGUGAAGGGGAGGGGAAGACAGGCACAGGUUGUGCUCUGGAUUGUGGAGCAGGCAUCGGGAGGAUCACCAAACACUUGCUACUGCCACUAUUCAAGACUGUGGACCUGGUUGAUGUGACACAGGAGUUCUUGGACAAAGCCAGAAAUUAUCUGGGAGGCGAGGGCAAGAGAGUGGGUAACUACUUCUGCAGUGGCUUGCAGGACUUUGUACCUGAGAGUGGGCGAUAUGAUGUUAUCUGGAUCCAGUGGGUCAUUGGCCACCUGACAGAUGAACACCUUGUGGAGUUCCUGCAACGCUGCCAGAAAGCUUUGCAGCCCAAUGGCCUCAUCAUCAUCAAGGACAACGUGUCAUAUGAGGGUGUGGUCCCAGAUGAGGUAGACAGCAGCGUCUGCCGUGACCUGGAAAUAGUUCGAAGUCUGGUGGGCAGAGCAGGUCUUCGCAUCAUCCACGAGGAACAACAAAUGAAUUUCCCAAAGGAAAUCUACCAAGUCCACACACUAGCUCUCAGAUAGGCCAUGUGACAGGAAGAGGGGCAGCCUUUUAGACCCAGUAUUUCUACGGUGGAAAUGGUGUUUCUCAAGUUAGCAGUCUAUUUGUGAUCUUUACGGAAGUGAUCUACAGCGUGGUGUGUCUUUCGACCGUGUGUUGCUAACUCCAAGCAUCAGUGUCGUGCUCUGUGCUGAGUUGUCUUUUCUGGCCUACGAGGCCUUAAUGUACAAUUGGACUAUUGAUCAGACAAAACAAGACAUUUGAAGAUGUCCCCUUGAGUGCUGGGAAACGGAUGGGCAAUUUUCACCAUUUGAAGGAAAAAUCAACUUGAAUAGUCAAGAAAAUAAUUGGCAGAUUAAUCAGUGAUGAAAGUAAUGAAUAGUUGCAGCCCUAAACCACAGCCGUCCCUCUGCUGUACAGACUUCACAAGAGAAUUGACAUAAUAUGUUUUGCUAUACAUUUAAUAACACAGAAGGCAUCACUGAAUAUUAAAUUCAUGUCCUGUAAAUCUAGUCCUUUAUAUCCAUUCAGAGUGAUCCUUCAGAGAAAACCACCUGUCCAGAAAAAAGAUGUGAAGACAGCAGAGAAGAAGCGAAGAGCUCAGCUCAUGAGCUGUUCACAAGAUGUGCUGGUCACCCAUCCAGCUAGAAUAUUGGUGACUCAUCUCCAGGAGUAAUGACCCUGUUGCAUCCAGUGGACACUGGGCGCUAGUGACUGUAGCAGUGGAUGGGCAAGUAAGUGCUGCUCACUGAACUUUUACCUCAGGGAAACAAAGCUAAAAAGGAGACGGCGAACUGAAGAGCAUAGCGUUUCCCUUCUCUCAGUUCAAGUGUGUGCACGGGGUCACACAAAACAAAUUCCACACUGUAUGACAAUAUCACUUUUAUAUUCUGUUUGUUCUGCCAAAUGCAAACAUUUGUUUUAUGCCUGCAUCGAUUCAUCAAAUGGACACUGGUCGUCAUUUUAUACAUGCAUAUAUAUUUAACUCUUGUCACCAUAGGAGGAUGAAAUGCUUGAGCCACCAGUGGAUCCAGUAGUUUUUCAGAAAAGUUUAAUUUAAAACUGUCACGUUCAGACAUAUGUUUUUGGACAUAACACGUUUAUUGCAAAGCUGUUUAGUAAAAUAUACCUGCUUUGGCUGCAUUCUGUGUUGUAUCUUAAGUUUUCUCUAAAUGCUGUAUGACCUUUUUUCUUCACUACAUUUAUACCAAUGUUUUCAUUGUGUAUGUUAAUGGUCUCAAGCCUUGAAUGGAUGCUUGGUUAUUUUGAACAGAUACUGUCUGUUGUUGCUAACAGAAUGAAAUUAUUUAAUCAGAUUACCCAUUUACGCAUGAUCAGAAAUGUCAUGUAAAUUUAAUUUUCUUGUAUGUGUAAUUACAAAAAUUGCAAUGAAAACCAACACUGACGUAAUGAAUUGCCUGUUUUC